AUGUUUCAAUUCGGUAAAAAAGUCACAAAUGCACAUGAUGAAGGUAUUUGGUGUGUAAAAUGGCAAGGUGAUAUCAUUGCAACUGGUGGUAUGGGACCUAAGGUUAAAUCAUGGCACGGUGUUUCAACUCCAGAUUUCCUUAAGGAAAGAAAAGUAUUUGAUAAGCAUAUAUUAGGUGUUACAUCAUUAGAUAUUGAUGUUAGCAAUAAAUAUCUUGCAACUGGUGGUUUAGAUGGCACAAUCCGUAUAUUUGAUUUAAAUACAAACACACUUUACAAAAGUUUAGAUUCAGGUCCAUUGGGAUGUUUAAAGAUCGGAUUUUUAAAUAAUGCAGAUAGAUUAGUUAGUGUUUCAGAGUCUGGCAAUAUUACAAUUUAUUCAACUGAAAGUGGUGAAAAAUUAAAAACUAUUUCGAAUCAAAAUAAACAAAUUUUAACAAUGGCAAUUAGCCCAAAUAAUGAACAAAUAAUAGUUGGAGGAUUAGAUGGUGUAGUAUCAUGUUAUGAAGUAGAAUCAGGUAGAAGAAUUACAGAGAUUAAGGCACAUGGUGUUCCAGUUCGUUCACUUUCAUUUUCAUCAGAUUCCAAAACUAUAUUUACAGGUGGAGAAGAUUCACAAAUCAGACUUCAUGAUCCAAAUAGCAGCACUCCAUAUAUCGCUUCAUUAAUGGGUCACUCAUCAUUUAUUUUAUCACUUGCUGCAUCACGUGAUGGUAAUUUAUUAGCAAGCUCAGGAUCAAUUGAUAAAAAAGUUUGCAUUUGGGAUAUUAAAACAAGAAAAUUAGAUUCAACAUUUACAGCACACGCAGAUCAUGUUUGGGAUUUAGCAUGGUCACCAGAUAGUACUAAACUUGUAUCAGUAUCAGAUGAUGGUUCAUUACAUUCUUAUGCAUUAAAACAAUAA